AUGGUGCUCUGUCUCUUGCACGUCACGAGCGCAGUCGCGCCACUACUGGCCUCGAAGCUGCUGCGCCGCACCGCGCGAAGCGCAGUGGGGCUGCAGUAUGGCAACUAUGAGUCGGUGCAAGGCGUCGGCUAUGAGUCGCCGCAAGGAUACCUCGAGCAGCCGGUCCUUGCCCUGGACGGGGCCGUCGGGGUUACCGGCUUUGCGUACUCGAUGCAGGCACACGACAGGUACCUGCACCUGCCGUACGUGCUGCGCUUGGGAGAGGAGCAGGUGCUGAGCCGCUGGAAUAUGGUGAGGCAGAAGCUCACGGUCUCUCGAGAGCAGUGCAAGGUUGCAGUGGCCGCGGACGGCGCUGCUUUGCUCCUCUCCACCGGCCGUGGCCCGACGAUGUGGCGCUCGAGGGCGGCCUCGGAGUGGCCCUGCGGGCCAUGGAACGCGCUGUACAACGGCCAGGUGCGCGUGAUCGAAGAUGGCGACCAGCUCAGCUUGGACUGCAACGACCCGGACGACGCGGUCUUCACCUGCCACGUGCAGCAGCAGCAGCAGCAGCAGCAGCAGCAGCAACAGCAGCAGCAGCAGCAGCAGCAGCAGCAGCAGGGCUAUGCCGCGCCACAAGGCCACACGCUGCCUGCCGGCUGGACGGCUGGGCUCGAUGAGGCAACCGGCGGCACCUACUACUACAACGAGAGGACCGGCGAGUCGCAGUGGGAGUUCCCGCAGUAUUAG